GACAACUCUAUAAAAGAUGGCGGACAUAUUGGUUUCAACCAGUUCUCUCUGAUCUAUUCAAGAACUAUGGAGGUUUACAGUGUAUUGAUUGUGCUGACCGGUCUAAUCUCCAGUUCUGCUGCUAAACUAUCUUGUCAGAGCUGUACUAAGAUUUCAAAACUAGCAGGAGAUCUUCUUACUGGAGACGAAUCCAUUCAAGGUCAGUUGUUCCUGUUCAAGGAUUCAGUUUGUGCGGAGGUUGCUGAGAAGUUUAACUACACAGAGUGUAGCUCAGAGAUGGAGGAUGUUUGGCCUCUAAUUGCUAAAGCCAUCUUUAACUCUGAGGAAGGCUGGUUUAAAACUUCAACAUUUUGUUCAGAAUACUGUUCUGAGGAUCAAAGUGAAGAGGAUGAGGGAACAGGAACUACCUACUGUGAGGACUGUGUUGACUAUAUGGAUGCUGUUCCUAAGUACACAUAUGAUGAUUCAAUAAUUAUCGGAGAUGUUGUUUAUGCUUUGCAGUAUGAGGGCUUCUGUCAACAGUUUGAAGAUAGCACAGAGGACUGCAGAGAAAAGGUUGCACACACAUUUCCCAGGAUAAUGCGAGUCCUGAAGUCUGCUCCUCUUCAUGAAGCUCAUGUUGAUUUCUGCGAAAACUCGGUCGAAUGUGUUUCUUUCUCAUAAUAAUCUGUUCAACUCGUUCCAGCGAUAAACUCGCACUGAGUCCGAUAUGUUUUUGAAACAGGGAUGAAGAUAAUGUUGAUUAGAUAAAUAAACAUUGUUUCUGUAAAUUAUAUAUAAUUUUUUAUUAAAUUUCAUCUAAAUCGGAA